AUUAACUUCUGCUCUAUUUUGUUCUCACGUCGGGAGCGCGGAAGAGUAUGAUUAAAAGCCGGUGUUCCAGUGAACCGGCCACACGUGCAGUUUUGGAGCAGAGAGUUGUCAACACGUGUCAUCUUCACUCUCGUCUCUCUUUUAUCUUUUUCAAGAAAGUCUUGUUGACCCGGAAAGUGACAGGCGCUGUCGAGGCUUCUCCUAGCUCACACCUUGAACUGUGAAGUUUGUUGAAGUUGACAAGUCUUUCAAGAUGGAAGAUUGGGACGAAGGAGAGUCUUCUGCUCCAAGUUUCGCGACGUCUUCUGCGCCUUCUUCUGGGUUCGGUCGUGGGGGUGGUUUUGGAAGUGGAGGAGGUGGAGGAUUUGGCUCGGGUGGAGGAGGUGGUGGAUUCGGCUCUGGUGGAGGCUUUGGGGGUGGUGGAGACAGUGGAGGGGGCUUUGGCGGUGGAAGGGGUAGCAGCAAUGGAGGCUCAGGGUGCUUCAAAUGUGGAGAAGAGGGCCACUUUUCCAGAGAGUGUCCUAAGGGUGGUGGUGGCAGGGGAGGUGGUGGAGGAAGUCGUGCCUGCUUCAAGUGUGGAGAAGAGGGCCACAUGUCCAGGGAAUGUCCCAGUGCUGGAGGGGGAGGAGGAAGUCGUGCCUGCUUCAAGUGUGGAGAGGAAGGCCACAUGUCCAGGGAAUGUCCCAGUGCUGGAGGGGGAGGAGGAAGCCGUGCCUGCUACAAGUGUGGAGAGGAAGGCCACAUGGCUAGAGACUGCCCAAGUGCUGGUUCAGGGGGAGGAGGAGGGUUUGGUGCAAAAAGUGGAGGAUUUGGUGCCACAAAUGGAGAUGCCAAGCCUCGCAGUGGCGGUUUCGGCCGCGGGGGCGGAUUUGGUGGUUCAAGCAACGAUGACGACGCUCCUAAAGGUGGUUUUGGCCGUGGGGGUGGAUUUGGGGGCAGCAGCGGUGGUGGUGGUGGUUUCGGAGGUGGCAGUGGAGGAUUUGGCGGGGGCAGUGGUGGAGACGACGAUGGAAAGAAAGGAGGUAGUGGCUGCUUCAAGUGUGGCGAAGAUGGCCACUUUUCAAGGGAGUGUCCUAACUCACAAGGAGGUGGUGGCGGAGGUAAGAAGGGAUGUUUCAGAUGCGGAGAGGAGGGGCACAUGGUUGCGGACUGCCCCAACCCCGACACGCGAGAAUUGGACCCCGACCGCCCCGCUCCGGUCACGUACGUCCCACCCCCUCCCCCAGAUGGAGAGGAGGAGAUCUUCCAGACCAUCGCCAAGGGAAUCAACUUUGACAAGUAUGAUGAGAUUCCAGUAGAGGUGACAGGCAGAGAGUGCCCAUGUCAUAUUGGGUCCUUCGACGAAGCCCAGCUAUACGAGACUUUCCGUGCCAACGUGGCCAAGGCCAAGUACGACCGCCCCACCCCGGUGCAGAAGUACAGCAUCCCCAUCGUCCUGGGCGGGCGGGACCUGAUGGCUUGUGCACAGACUGGAUCAGGAAAAACUGCUGCCUUCCUACUGCCGGUGCUGACAGGCAUGAUGAAGGAGGGGCUCGCCGGCAGCUCGUUCUCCAACAUACAGGAGCCCCAGGCCAUCUGUGUGGCGCCCACGCGUGAGCUGGCCAUUCAGAUCUUCUCUGAGGCCCGCAAGUUCUCGUACGGCACCAUGCUGAGGCCGUGCAUCGCGUACGGAGGGGUGAGCGUCAUGCACCACAAGUCCCAGAUCCAGCGGGGCUGUCACCUCCUGGUGGCUACUCCAGGCAGGCUGCUGGACUUCAUUGACAAGGGAGUGAUCAGCAUAAAGAAGCUGAAGUACCUGAUUCUGGACGAGGCUGACCGCAUGUUGGACAUGGGAUUUGAGCCCGAGAUCCGCAGGCUGGUGGAGACGGCUUCCUGGGGCAUGCCAGCCAAGGGUGAGAGACAGACCCUGAUGUUCAGCGCGACCUUCCCUGAGGAGAUCCAGAAGCUGGCGCAGGAUUUCCUGGAGGACUACAUCUUCCUGACCAUCGGCCGUGUGGGCGGGGCCAACACUGAUGUGGAGCAGACUGUCAUGGAGUCAUCCCAGUACGACAAACGGGAAAAACUCACCGACAUCCUGGGCAACUUAGGUCAGGAGCGAGUGUUGGUGUUUGUGGAGACCAAGAGGAAUGCUGACUUCCUGGCCAGCUACCUGUCCCAGUCUGGGUUCCCCACCACCAGUAUCCAUGGUGACCGACUGCAGAAGGAGAGAGAGGAGGCGCUGAUGGACUUCCGUACCGGCCGUGCCCCGGUGUUGGUGGCCACCUCAGUAGCUGCACGUGGUCUGGACAUCCCCAAGGUGAUGGUGGUUGUAAACUAUGACCUUCCCAGUAGCAUUGACGAGUACGUCCAUCGGAUCGGCAGAACCGGCCGUGUGGGCAACACCGGGAAGGCCAUCAGCUUCUACGACUCGGACAAGGAUGCCAGCCUGGCUCGAUCUCUGGUCAAAGUGCUAGCAGAUGCUCAGCAGAAUGUGCCAGACUGGCUGGAGGAUGCAGCUGAGGGAGCCAUUGGCACCAACUAUGGACCCGCCGGGGGAGCGUUCGGGGCCAGGGAUACCAGGAGACAGUACAAUGGAAGUGGUGGAGGCGGCGGUGGGAUGCAGAAUGGUGGCGGCAGCUUUGCUUCAGGCGGUGGUGGCGGCGGCUUUGCCUCCUCUGCUCCUGACGAGGAGGAAGACUGGGGCUAAAGACCCCCAUCACACCCUCCAAACCUGGACCACAGUAGUUAGGCUUAGGUUCCCCUUUCUCGUUCAGUUCUGGAUUGGUUAGAAAGUUUCCACAAAAGUUUUCACAGAAGUGCACCAAGUACCAGUUAACUACACAACUUUGUUAGCCUGACCAAAACGAUGAUGAUGAUUAUGAUGAUGAUGAUGAUGAUGGCCAAACCAGGUCAAUAAGUUUAUCACAAAGCCUUACCUCAUGUUAGUUACCUUGUCCAAACACAAGUAUUUCCUGGAGCACAUGAUGACAAGGCAUUUUUGUUUCUCACUGUAACAGUUUACUUUUGAAGACUUGGGCAUUACUUUAAAGGGCCCCUCAAAGGACAUACGUGUACUUAAAAACAUAUGAGAUAUAACUAAGUUACUAACGUUGUUCAUACAUGAACUUCAUUAGAAUCUGUUGACCAAGAGUUUUGAAACGAAGCUGACAUACUGACCCAUCUGAAAGUUAUAAGUAAAAAAGGAAGGUGGGAAAAGUUUCAUUUUGUAAAUUCUUGAUCAAUAUAUUUUCAUAUCUCGCUUUUUUUUUGUUUUUGAUAGCAGCCUGUUUCGUGUAGUUACUUAGGGACUAGGAAGACUCGUUUUUGUUUUGAUGUUACGACAAAUAGCAAGGCACGUCUGAGAGAGAAAAGGGAGGCUGCCACAUGUAGGUUUGUAGCAGAUUUUUGUGGAAAAUUGCUGGAGGACCAAGCAGAAGUAAUUACGAGACAAAACGAUCAUCACGAGUGCAAAAGAGUGAUGCUGAUUGGUUAGGAAAGAUUCCGAGGCACCGUGUGGGUUGGCUUGAGUCAUUCCUGACUAAACUUUGUGCCAUAGAAAAGGCACUUCAUGUGACUUUCCUCACUCAACCAAAUUGUAGAAGUGGAGAUCUGGCUUUGGUUGGACAGGCAAAAGGCAUUGGAAGGAGAGGGAUUGGUUCCGCCUUCCAAUACCAUGCCCAAGACUAAGUGGAUAGCAAGCCGGAUAGCAAGCCAAAGGCCUCAAAAAGGCUAUGGGACUUCCUUAACUUGUGGGAAGAUUUUAACCAAGGCUUAGGUGAAGGCACUUGGUUUGUCUUCUUGACAAGACAACUGGAAGCAAGACAACUGUUGAGAUUCUGACAAUCUAAGACAGUAUUUUAUUGAGAAAGCUGUUGGCCCGUUUAACCAAAAACUACUUGUGCAAUACUCCUAUGAUGGGGAGUUAGAAAGAGUCCGAAAAAGGCAUUCCAUGAUGUUUGCUGGCAAACCUAUAGUGGCAUGUCAUGUUGAUGUAAUAUGUGCAAUAUACAUUUAGUGGAAGGGUACAGAAAAGUGUAUAUUUGUACAUAGUAUAUUCAUCGUGAACGAACGUCCCUGUAUGUUGGAUUGCCUUCGCUGGAUGGAGUUUCAUAAAUAUAUAUACAUUAUAUUUUCACCUUGUUUGCUGUUCGUGAUGUUUUCAAAAUAAACAGGAUCAACUUGUUCUGGA